GGCUGAUAAUCAGUCAUGGCAGGAUGGCAGACACUUCUUCUGGUGGUCUGGCUGGGAGCUUUAGGAUCCGUUUUAGCUGAUCCUGCUCCUAAACCUAGACCUAGAGCCAAACCCCAGGACCCAAACGAGAACUAUGAUUACAGCUAUGGCGAUUAUUCUGAAGGAGAAGGCCAAGGGUACUAUGAUGAAAAUAAUAAUAAUGAUUAUGGCGAACCGAGUGAACCUGAAGGAUAUGGACCAGCUCCAUCUACCGGUCGUGUAGAGGUGGACUACAGCAUAGAUGAUUCUGACGGUUGUGCUGAAGUUGAUUGUCCCAAUGUACAAGAAUGUCCUGUGCAACCUUAUGUACCACUGGGAGAAUGCUGUCCUAUCUGUCCGGUUCCCAUGGAGACUGUUCGUCCUCGUACUGAGGUUGAUGCCCAGGGAUCUAUAGGGUCUGAGGGGGACCGAGGACGGGAAGGAGAUGAAGGGCCUCGAGGUCGACCUGGUUCUCCUGGUAUCUCAGGUACCCCUGGUAUACCGGGUAUGCCAGGACCUCCUGGACCUCAACCUGACAUCCAACCUUUCCUCAACCAGAUUCAACAAUCUCAAGGAUCAGAAAAGGGGCCUUCACCAGACCCAUUUACAUAUAUGCAGGCUCAGGUUGGACCCGUGGGACCCAGAGGAUCUCCAGGUAUGCGUGGACCUGCUGGCCCACAGGGGUUUACAGGUCCUCAAGGAGAACCAGGAGAUGCUGGUCCCUCCGGCCCACCUGGCAGUAUCGGAGAACGGGGUCUGACAGGGUUACCCGGUAAAGAAGGAGAACCAGGGCGGGACGGAGAACCAGGUGCAUCAGGUCCUCCUGGACCCCCAGGCCGGAGGGGACUUCCUGGUAUGCCGGGUAUCCCAGGUCCUAAGGGACAUAGAGGAUUUCCAGGUCUUGAUGGAGCUAAAGGAGAACUAGGAGGACCAGGGUCCAAAGGAGAAGAAGGAGCCUCUGGGCCAAUGGGACCAGGUGGACCUAUUGGUCCAUCAGGCCCAAGAGGAGAAAGAGGUAGAGAUGGGCCUCCUGGUCCCCCUGGCUUAAGAGGUAUAGAUGGAGCUAUGGGACCCCCCGGAGAACCUGGUGGUGUUGGUAAACCAGGUCCACCAGGAUUCCCUGGUACUCCAGGAGCUAAGGGAGACAUGGGCGCACCAGGAGACAAGGGUAGCAUUGGACUUCAAGGUCCUAGAGGAGAGUCUGGAAAACCAGGAAUGUCUGGUGAACCAGGAAAGAUGGGACCACCUGGUAAAGAUGGAAGCAAUGGAGAAAAGGGCGGACCAGGAGCACCUGGUGCUCCAGGUCCACCGGGCUUCCCAGGACCCAGAGGACAAUCUGGUCUCAAUGGAAGUCCUGGACCACAUGGACCAAAGGGACUGAAUGGAGAGCCUGGUAUGGUUGGUAUGAAGGGAGAAGGUGGGCUGAAGGGAGAAAUGGGAGCCCAAGGGCCAAGAGGUCUACCUGGACCAACAGGAGCAGCUGGAAACAGAGGACCACGAGGCAUUAGGGGACCAGCAGGACCUCAAGGACCUAUUGGAGAGCCUGGUGCUCCUGGAGGUAGAGGUAUGCCUGGACCUGAUGGACCUGCUGGUCCAAAAGGCCAAAAUGGGGAUCAAGGCCUAAUGGGUCCUCAAGGGGAUAAGGGCAAACCUGGAGAUAUGGGAAGACCUGGCCCUCCUGGACUUCAGGGUUUGAGAGGACCCCCAGGUAGAUCAGGACCAAGAGGAGCAGGUGGGCCAACUGGUAAAACCGGAGAACCUGGACAGGAUGGUAAAAAUGGAGAACCUGGACCGCAAGGACUUCAAGGUCUUCCAGGUCCUAUGGGAUCACCUGGAGAUAAGGGUCCCAUGGGAGAGCAGGGACAUCAAGGAAAUCCUGGUGUAACUGGUCAACAAGGACCUAGAGGGGACCCUGGUAAGGAUGGGCUCCCCGGAAUGAAUGGCCCACCAGGGCCCUCUGGACCUGCUGGAGAGAGAGGAGCAUCUGGAAGUCCCGGACCCAGAGGAUUCCAAGGUAUGCCUGGACCUCCAGGUAAGGAUGGUAUGUCUGGUAAGGAUGGAGAGACUGGUAUCCAGGGUCCACCUGGUAUGAUGGGAAAUGAGGGUAAAAGAGGAUCAAGAGGAUUCCCUGGAGAGAGAGGAUCUCUUGGACCCCCUGGACCCCCAGGACUCAGAGGACUUGAUGGUGGUCCUGGUCUAGAUGGCCCUCCUGGACCUACUGGACCUAAGGGAACUCCUGGACACAAGGGACCUCCUGGGCUAGUUGGAUUGCCAGGGCAGCGUGGCAUACCUGGACCUGAAGGACCUAAAGGGGGGCGGGGUAACCCUGGACUUCCUGGACCAGAGGGCAGUGUGGGUAAACAAGGAGAGAGGGGCCCUCAAGGUAUUUCUGGACCACCAGGGCCUCCUGGAGAAGCUGGUAGCCCUGGAGAUCCUGGACAGGCAGGACCUGCUGGAGAAACUGGAGCUGCUGGAGCCAUGGGUUCCCGUGGACCACCUGGACCCCAGGGAAUGCAAGGUUUUCCUGGUCCUCCAGGUAUACCUGGUAUGCCUGGAAUCAAGGGCGAUCGAGGGCUUACUGGUGACAAAGGGUCCCAAGGAAAUCCUGGACCUGCUGGUGGACCAGGAGAGCCUGGACCACCUGGUCUCACAGGUUUAAUGGGUCCAAAGGGAGCCAGAGGUGAAGCAGGACCAAGAGGAGAAUCUGGAAUGAUGGGUCCCCCUGGAAGACCUGGAGAACCAGGUAUGCCAGGAGAGGCAGGAAGACAGGGUGCGCCUGGACCAUCUGGAUUACCUGGCAUCAAGGGGAGUGAUGGUCUGAGAGGACCACCUGGAAACCGUGGUCCACCUGGAGCACAGGGAAUGCCUGGUUUAGAAGGACCCAAAGGAUCUACAGGAGCUGAUGGUCCUCCAGGACCUCAAGGACCUGUCGGCUCAAAUGGACCACCUGGAGAUAGAGGAUCGCCUGGACUUCCUGGACCAACCGGACCAGUUGGGGCUCGUGGACAACAAGGAGCUCAAGGUGAAAGAGGAGAUUCUGGAUUACCAGGAAAAGAGGGACCAACUGGACCUCCAGGUCUUCAAGGACCUCCAGGACCUAUGGGUCAAAGAGGUGAAAGAGGAGAAGAAGGGCCUCCUGGAUCACAAGGAACACCUGGCUUGGGAGGAAGACCUGGAGACAAAGGUCCACCUGGAUCUGCUGGACAAAUGGGACCACCAGGAGCUCCUGGACUUCCUGGAAAUGUUGGUAAGACUGGACCACCUGGACCUACUGGAGAGAGAGGUGAAAGAGGAGAAACUGGACCUCAAGGAAUUGUUGGUCAGCCAGGAAUGAUUGGGAAACCUGGACCACCAGGCCUUCAAGGACCUCCUGGAGAACUUGGAAUGUCUGGUGAAAAAGGCUCCAAAGGACAUAGAGGACUUAUUGGGUUGCAAGGUCUUCCUGGACCAAUUGGUCCGCCAGGGGAGAAAGGACCUCCAGGAAACCCUGGAAAUAAUGGUGAACCUGGAACACCUGGGUCUCGUGGACCACCUGGUAUUGAUGGAGCUGUUGGAUCCCCUGGUCUCCUUGGAGCACCAGGCCCUAGAGGACCUCAAGGAGAAGAGGGUAAACGUGGACCUCCUGGAGAGCUUGGUCCACCUGGACCACCUGGACCUCCGGGAGAAUCCUCAGGAUAUGAUGCUGCAGCUCUUUCUGCUUUGUUAGGACAAGGAAAUUCUAAGGGACCAGACCCACUGAGUGCUGAUGAACCAAUGAGAAACUUUGGUCCUGAACUCUCGGAUGAAGACAAGAAAAGCCUUGUCCUAAGAGCUUACAAGAAGUUAAAAGCUUCCUUUGAAGAAUUUUCCAAUCCUGAUGGAGGCAAGAAUAGUCCUGCCAAGACAUGUAAGGACCUCCAUGCAUCUUAUCCGGAGAAGAAAAGCGGAGAAUAUUGGAUUGAUCCUAAUGGAGCUGACACCAAGGAUGCCAUCCUGGUUUUCUGUGACAUGGAGAAGGAUGCAACAUGUGUUCAACCCAAGCCUGUUUUCUCUCAGGAGUUCAAUAUAGAAUCUGAAGAGAAGGAAAUAUGGAUUGGAGAGGUCCCAGAGAGCCCCUUUGACAUCAACUACAAAGCAGACAGCAACCAGAUGAGUUUCCUUCAACUUCUGUCUGCCAAGGCAGAGCAGGAGAUUAUCUACCAUUGCUUCAACUCCUUUGCCUUCGAAAACAUCAGAGGCAACAACAGAAAGUCCUUGGCGUUCAUGUCAUGGAACGAUCUGGAAAUCAAGCACAGAGGAAAGUUCAAGUAUGACGUGAUAUCUGAUGGAUGCAAGGACAAGAACAACAGUUGGGACAAGACGGUGUUCCGUAUAGAGUCUCAGAAACCAACCAGGCUUCCAGUUGUUGACGUCAAGGUUCAAGAUUUUGGAAAUCCAUCACAGAAAUUCAAAUUGGAGAUUGGGCAAGUCUGCUUCAGUUGAGGUUUCUACCAAACAAGAAAUAGUGAACUAACUUACUAACCAACCAACCAUAACCCAGAUGGUUUAAAAGGACUGGAGAAUAUGGUUACCCAUGUAAACGUUGCAAUCUCCCUCAUUUAUUGCUUUAUUAUUGCAACCUCCUGCAACUUUAAGUUACCAAAUUUUCACCGUUAUAUCUUCGGCUUGUUUUUGUAACUAAGAACACAAUUCUAUGUAAUGUUUUAAUUUUGUAAUUCAACAUUACAAUUAAAUUUGCAUAAUUACUUAAUAUCGUAUCACUGCCACCUUCGUAGCUAAUGAAAAUAGUACAAGAAUUCUAUUGGUUGAUAACACAAGUGGCAGGGUUCGCUUAAUCUUUGAUUGUUUCUCAAGACUGUGAUAUUACUUUGUACUUAAUGUAACAUGGCGAUGUAGUUUGUAAUAUUUAGUUUGUAAUAUUUAGUUUGUAAGUUAAGAUCUCAUGGUGUUGUCUUUUUUUUACAAUGUUUCAUAGUUUUAUAUAUAUAUAUGUAUUAGAUUUAAGAUUUUUACAAA